AUGGCGGAGCGAAAGAAGAUUGUCGUUGUCGGCCUGGGCAUGGAAAGGGACCGUCGGCGCGUUGUCGGCGGCGGCCUGCUUGGUCUGGAGGCUGCCAAUGCCAUGAUGGAUCUCAAGUGCUACGACAAGGUUAAGCUCAUCGAGAGGAACCGAUGGGUACUCAGCCGUCAGCUCGAUGCCGAUGCUGGUACCAUGGUUGUUGAACAGGUCCGCGAUCUCGGGCUCGACGUUCUCCUCAGCAAGCGCGUUGGUAAGGUCGAGGUGGAUGCCGACAACUAUGUGACGGGCGUUCUGUUUGAGGACGGUGAGCAGAUGGCCUGCUCGACAAUUUGCUUUGCCAUUGGCAUUCGACCAAGAGAUGCUCUCGCCCGCAAGGCCGGCCUCAAGUGCGCCGAUCGCGGCGGUGGUAUCAUCGUCGGCGAUGAUCUGAGCACCAGCGAGCCCGACAUUUACGCCAUUGGCGAGUGUGCCAGCUGGCAGACCCAGACCUUUGGUCUCAUCGCUCCUGGUGUUGAGAUGGCCGAUGUCUUGUCUUUCAAUCUGACACAGGCUUACCUGCACUCGCCUCGCGUCUUCAAGACUCCGGAUCUGAGCACGAAGCUCAAGCUGCUUGGAGUGGAAGUCGCCAGCUUUGGUGACUUCUUUGCUGAUCGCGACGGGCCCAAGAAGCUGCCGCCUCGUGCGAAGCGUGCCAAUAAGGAGAACGCGCAAACGGCUCUCGAGACGCUCACCAACGGCCUGCCGCCAGCACCGGUCAAGGCCCUUACCUACCGCGACCCCUUCUCCAACGUGUACAAGAAAUAUCUGUUCACGGAAGAUGGCAGGUACCUCCUGGGUGGCAUGAUGAUUGGCGACACACGCGAUUACAUCAAGCUUGUACCCAUGGUUAAGAACAUGAAGGUUCUCGACAUCCCACCGAGCGAGCUGAUUCUUGGCGCGAAAAAAGAUGGGGAGGACGAUGGUGACGAUCUAUCCCACGACACCCAAAUUUGCUCGUGUCACAACGUGACCAAGGGCGACGUCGUCGACGCCGUCAAGGACGGCUCAUGCACGAGCAUCGGUGACAUCAAGGCGUGCACCAAGGCCGGCACGGGCUGUGGCGGCUGCAUGCCCCUCGUGACGACUAUCUUCAACAAGACAAUGGCGUCAAUGGGCAACGAAGUCAAGAACCACCUGUGUUCUCACUUCAAAUACUCACGUGCCGAGCUCUACCACAUCAUCAUGGUCAAGAAGCUGCGUACGCUCGCCGAGGUCAUGCGCGAAGUCGGAACCGAGCCCGACUCGCUUGGCUGCGAGGCCUGCAAGCCCACAAUUGGCGGCAUCUUCUCCUCGCUCUGGAAUCGCCACGUCAUGGACAAGCCUCAGCACGGUCUUCAAGAGACCAACGACCGUUUUCUUGGAAACAUUCAGCGCAACGGCACUUACUCGGUUGUGCCUCGUAUGUCCGGUGGUGAAGUUACUCCCGCGAAGCUCAUUGUCAUCGGCCAGGUCGCUGCCAAGUACAAGCUUUACACCAAGAUCACUGGUGGCCAGCGCGUUGACAUGUUUGGUGCCCGUCGACAGGACCUGCCUGCCAUCUGGCGGGAGCUCAUCGCUGGAGGCAUGGAGUCGGGCCACGCGUACGCGAAAUCGCUGCGUACUGUCAAGUCCUGUGUCGGAAGCACGUGGUGCCGUUACGGUAUCGGCGAUUCGGUUGGCCUCGCUGUCCGUCUCGAGGAGCGCUACAAGUCCAUCCGGGCGCCGCACAAGAUCAAGGGCGGCGUCAGCGGUUGCGUGCGUGAGUGCGCUGAAGCGCAGAGCAAGGACUUUGGCCUCAUCGCGACGGACAAGGGCUUCAACAUCUACGUUGCCGGCAACGGUGGUGUUACGCCGAGGCACGCAGAGCUACUGGCCAAGGACGUACCGCCCACCGAAGUCAUCCCUAUCCUUGAUCGCUACCUCAUGUUCUACAUCCGCACUGGAGACAAGCUUCAGCGGACGGCGAGCUGGAUUCAAGCGCUGCCGGGUGGCCUGAAGUAUCUCCAGGAGGUCGUGCUCGAAGACAAGCUCGGCAUCUGUGCGUCCCUGGAGGCACAGAUGCAGGAACUCGUUGACAGCUUCUUUGACGAAUGGGCUGAGGCACUUGCGACGCCUUCGAUAAUCAACAAAUUCAAGCAGUUCGCCAAUACGGACGAGUCGGUUGAGAAUGUGGAGAUCGAGGCGGAGCGUGACCAGGAGAGGCCCGUGUACUGGGCGCCAGAGGCGGCCAAGGAGGACUUCAAGGCGCUUAAGUCACGGUGGACAUCGAAAGAGUGGGAGCCCCUUCUUGCUGCCUCCUACUUUGCCGGCGCCGACGAUGCGCCGAACGGCAUCUCGGCGACGAUCAAGCGCGGUGACACGCAGCUCGCCGUGUGGCGUGUUCGCGGAAAGGCCUCAUCGGCGAGGCUACAGGCGAAAACACGUGCUCGGACGCGCCCAAGGCGGAACUCCGGGUGCAGCACCAACGGCGACGCCAAGAAGUCGGCGCCGUGGGUGUCGUGCCCCUACCACAAGCGCAACUUUGACCUCGCCAACGGCGACUGCAAGAACGAUGGCGAGCUGAGCAUCGCGACAUUCGAGGCCGAGGAGCGCGCCGACGGCAUGGUGCACGUGCUGCUGCCGCCGGUGGCUGAGCUCGACGCCGAACUCGGCACGGCCAAGUGGAAGGUCAAGAAGGGAGAGUCUGGCCAGGCGCCGUUCGCGGGCCUCGACAAGGCCGUUGGUUUCAAGGGCAUUCGCGGAAAGAAGCCCGGCGUCAAGCCAUUCGCGCCGCUCAAGAUGAACAGGCCAGUGGAGGUCCUUGCCGGAGGCGGAUGCGGAAGCGCACCGGAUUGGUAG